AUGACCCACAGAGCAGUCAAACACAUCACAGUCAACGGAGACAGAGUUAAGGUUGCUACACAUGGUGAAAAUCGGAUCCUGAAACCUAACGUUAGUUCUGGCUCGAGGAAGCGCAAAAGUGGUAUUCGCUCUGGAGGCAGGUCGUGGCACCCGGAAUGGUAUACAAUGUCAACUGCUAGUCAACAUGUAAAGCCAGUUUUUCCAUAUAUCAGUGACACAGGCACAUGGCCACCAGAAAGCUGUAUAUUUUCUUUGAUGCUUUUCAUAUUUUCGAUAAUAAUGGGCGUUCUCUAUUGUGUACGGUUCAAACAAGUCCAAAUAUUUUGCGAGAACCUGCCGGAAAAAACGAAAACUUCAAUUUUAAAACUGAACAAGACAUCUCUUUGGUUCGGCUUUGCUUCUUGCUUCGGCCUGGUGUUGGUAGCAAGUUUCCAAGAAACGAAUUUGAUGUGGGUUCACAUGCUGGGUGCCGGGAACGUGUAUGGUGGAGGUUGUAUUUACCAAUGGCUACAGGUAGUAAUAGUAAAAUUCACGACAGUUUAUUUCUGGAGAACGUUACCUGAGAACAUAUGCUCGAGAAUCAUCGCGAACUUAAAGAUCUACUGUGCCCCCCUUCCUUGA